AACCUGGCCUCGUGCCCAUGGCGUAAGGUGGUUUCGCGCACGUGAUUGGAAGAGCUGCCGUUCUGAAUUACAUGUUGUGAUUAUGGCUCCAGCUUGACUAUCACCAGGAAAGAGUAAUGUAGGUUGAAGCAACCGGAAGAAUGAAGUCUUGGAAGAUCUUCGUGCAGUGACCCCCGUAAGCCUGUUCACCGCUUACACAGGCGCGGUUUUGUUUCACCCUUCCGUUUGAAGAUAUGGCGGAUAAAAAGGAAGAUGCCAAGAAAGAGGAGAAAAAGGUGGGAGAAAAAGAGGAGGAGAAGGGGAAAACGGACUUCGCUGCUGGCAUCACAGACAACAAGGAGGGCGUCACCAACCGGCCGAAAGAAGUCGCAAAAGUGCUUGAAAAGGAAGAGAUCGCCUAUCAGAAGGAUAUUAUGGGCCAAAAGGAUCUCCCGGAUGUCCACGAGGAACCCACAAAGAAUACCGAGAUGUCACGCAUGAUUCGAAAGGAAGAAAGGCGACUGAAGAAUCUCGGGCAGAAUCUAGAUGACCCAGAGGCCCUGCACAGGAAGCUUCAGGAGGCCACGACAAGAAGCAUGGCCCAUUCCGAGUAUGCUUCCUCAGCAAACAUCAAGACAGACAACAACAUGAGGUGGAGCGACGAACCGAAAGGAGAACGAAAGGGAAUGAUGACGGCCUCGAAUGUGUACACGAAACUGGCUGGGGAAAAAACGGAGGCCGCGGCUGGGAUCGGCGGGGGCGCGGGAGGUCGUACGACGAUGAACCAGCUCGGUGAGACCGUGGUAAAGCGCAUCCAAGACGAAGAGCGAGUAUAUGCGCGUGACUUGGCCAUAGGAAAGAUGGUGAAUGCUCCGGGUGAAGUUCCACGGGCUCGUGCAGGAGCUGGGCCGACCGCUGCCAACACGAAGGCGUAUGGUUAUAUAACAGACAACAGAUCAAGAAUGUUCGAGCGGGGACAUUCUACCAUGCAGCGAAUGGCUGCAGAGGAAGAGUCCUAUGCGAGGGAUAUGCGUAUGCAUCUCCAGAGGGAUGGCCAGCAAGAAAACGUGGAAGCUCCAGGGAGGGAUGGCGCGCCGUCUUCGGUAAGACGAGCAUCAUUUCGCGCGGAGGAGGGAGAACAAGGCGUUGAUAUCCAGCAACGUGACGGCGUGGAGGAGGGCCCUUCAGUACAUGAACAAGGGCAGAGACGUAGGUCGUCUGCAGCGCAAGCAGAAGCUCGGAGGGAGUCUGCAGCGCAAGCAGAAGCUCGGAGGGAGUCUUUGGCACAGGCAGCAAGACAAUAUCGGGGAGAAUCUGCAGCGCAAGCAGAAGCUCGGAGGGAGUCUUUGGCACAGGCAGCAGGCCAAUAUCGGGGAGAAUCUGCAGCGCAGUACCCAGCUGGCCAGCAGUCACCAAGGAGAGUGGGACCUACCGUCCAGCCACAAGAAGAGAUUUCCUCUACGGAAUCAUCAGAAGACCAAGGGUCCUGCUGGAACAUGCCUGAUGCUGUGCAGAAGGUAAUGAUGAAAUUUCGCGGUCAGACACCAAAGAAAAAAGAGCGCCCGCCUAUUCUCGAAAUGGAAGUCGACGAAGAUAACUAUGACCCUUACUACCAUCGCUUCGAACCUGAAGAGUCCUCUAUACAGGUGGACAUAGAUCGCCGGGUAAUUUACCCGUCUAAGCAGGAUGUUCGAGUAAUUUAUCCAUCGAAGCCCGUUGACCGCCCACCGCCCGAAGAGCCUCGGAAGCCAUUGCGAGAGAAAAGGCAUCCAGAAGAGAACCGCCGUGAGAUUUAUGUAGAGGACAAUUUUCGCGUAGCGUACCCUGACGAUGAGCCUUGCCAAGUCAUCUAUCUUGACGACGGUCGCCAGCGCGGGCCUUACGGUGGUGAGGAGCGACGGAUUGAGCAAGGGAUAUAUGCUGAUGACAGACGUCGCUUGGCGUAUCCCGAAGAUCGCCGGGCACUUGCGGUAUACCAAUCUCGUGCCCCACAAAGCUUUGACUAUGACAGGCGACGUCCUAACAGGGUAACCGCGGUGCGACAAUCUGAUCGUUACCCCGGUCAGGAGUCCUAUUUCGAAGUUAGUGUGUCUGACGACGAAGUCAGCGUGGAUUGGGAAAACGUGUAUCUUGUGCAGUGCCCAGCCUCCAGCCCUGGCCCGGAGCCAAGGCGACCCCCGCCGCAACAAUUAAAUGCCCCCCAAGAAAGUUUUGCAUUUAUGCAGUCACCAACACAACAUGAAAUCCAGGGUGGGCCGCAGUAUGUGAACCCUCAGAUAGUUCAGAGCCCGAUGCAGGGGGGGCCUGCGUUCAUUGCAGCCCAGAUUGGGCAGACAAUGCAAGGGGUUGGUCCGUAUCUAGACCCUCAGACUGGACAGCCAGUACGAGUACACUCUUCGCAGUUCUUGCAGGCGCAGAUGCAAAUGGGUCAGCCAUCUGGACAAAUGGAACAACUAAUGCCCGGACAACAGAUUUUUGGCCAGCAUAUGGGACAGCAAAUGGAACAACAAAUGUUUGAUCAGCAGAUGACUGGACAGCAAAUGUUCAGUCAACAAGCUCCAGGUCAGCAAAUGACAACACAACAAAUGCUCAGUCAACAAGCUCCAGGUCAGCAAAUGACAACGCAGCAAAUGCCAGGGCAGCAAAUGGUCAGUCAACAAGCUCCAGGUCAGCAAAUGACAACGCAGCAAAUGCCAGGGCAGCAAAUGGUCAGUCAACAAGCUCCAGGUCAGCAAAUGCAAGGACAGCAAGUGCCCAGUCAACAAGCUCCAGGUCAGCAAAUGACAACGCAGCAAAUGCCAGGGCAGCAAAUGGUCAAUCAACAAGCUCCAGAUCAGCAAAUGCAAGGACAGCAAGUGCUCAGUCAACAAGCUCCAGGUCAGCAAAUAGCAGAUCAACAAAAUCAGAUGCAGCAGACAUACGGGCAACAGAUGCAUGAUCAACACCCGCAAGCGCCUGCACAGCAGACACAGGAACAACAGCCCCAGGGUCAAGUACAAGGACAGCAACCGCAUGUGCAGCAGGCACCCGUACAGGACAUACAAGGAAAGCAGACUCAAUGUCAGUCAGGACAGGGACAACAGACACAGGGAAAACAGUUGCAGGGCCAACCGCAGAUGGUAGAACAGACUACUGGGCACACGCAAUUGCUCGAACAGCGACUACCUGGCCAGCCGCAAAUGCUCGGGCAGCAGGAUCAUGGACAGCAGAUGUUCGGACAACAAAUUCCUGGGCAGCAGAUGUUCGCACAACAAACGCCUGGGCAGCAGACGUUCGCACAACAAACGCCUGGGCAGCAGACGUUCGGACAACAAGGUCCUGGACAACAGGUGUUUGUCGGUCAGCAGCUCGCAUGUCAGCAAACGCCAGGGCAACAUAUGUUCGCACCGCAGCCAACUGCGCAGCAAUUGCCCAGCCAGCAGCUGAGCAUACCGACACAACAGCCAGCCAGCCUGCAGAUGCCAGCGCAACAAGCGCUGGGGCAACAAAUGCCAUUCAUGCAAGCGCCCGCACAAGUGAACGGGCCACUUCUGUUCGGAGCGCCCCAGUACGUGCCACCCCAGAUUAUACAACAAAUGCAGGGCGAACCUCAAUACACGGUAUCACGAAUGUCACAACAGAUUCAAGAACACCCGCUUUACACACAGCAUCAAAUGAUGCAAACACAGAGCCGUCAGCCACAGCCUCCACCUCCACCACCACCGCCGCCGCAGCGUCUGGAAUUGGAACUUGGGCACCGAUCUCAAAUACGGCUCGAACACCAGACGUCAAAACCAACUCACGGCCGCGAUUCACGGCGGCGUGGGAGGAAAUCUAAACCCCUGUCGGACGACGACGAUUACGACAGUGAAGAGGACAUCAAGCGUUCACAAAGGAAAAGUAAGCGAGACGCGUCGGACAGAAAGUCUAGGGAACGUAAGGCUGCCGAAGACAAACCACCCAUGAAAACCAUGGCAGUGCAGACUGUCGCAGAAGGACCCGUCGAUCAAAAAUCUCAGACGGACAGAUGCAAACAGGAUGCGAAGGGCGUAUACGCCAGAGCUGACACGGACGACCAAGGAACACAGCGGAAUAAGCCGUCCGAGAAGGUUGUUGACACGCAGACCUAUUCUACGUUACCAUACGUCGGCGGACCAACAGUGUCUUUCAUCAACUUGUAUUCACAAGUCUCUCCCAUGGUGCAGCACGGAAGUCAAAUGGGUGGUCCCGUAGGACAAAUGGGCCCACCCAUGGGACAAGUAGGAGGUCCUAUGACUCAAAUGGGUGGCCCAGUGCCUCAAAUGGGUGGUCCACUGCCUCAAAUUGGUGGUCCAGUGCCUCAAAUGGGUGGCCCAGCGCCUCAAAUGGGCCCUCCUCUUUGUCAGAUGGGUGGCCUCAUGGGUAGUCAAAUAAGUAGCUCUAUGGGACCCAUGACAACGGCCAUGGGAAUGGCGAUGAUACCGCCUGUGCAGCAACAGCAGCAGCCACCACAACCACCGUGCGACGAAUGUUCCCCAAGGUCCUGCUGCGAAGACAUACCCUUCGAUGAGCUUAAGCGCAACAUCGACGAGGACAUUGCAAACAUUGUGAAUGAAAAUUUAGACGUCAAAAUCAGCGACGAAGACACCAAGAUCUUGGUGACGAGACCGGACUCGCCGUACAAAUUGGUCUACCUCAUUCCACAGCGUCCUCAGAUUCCCAAAGAUGAAAAGUCUAUACAGACUGCGAAAGAGCCAGAGAGCAAAAGCAUUCAGACGGACGAGCCCAAACCGAAGGAAGAGUCCUCAGAAGACGAGGAGGAAGAAAGGCCUCAAGUUUUAGUUUGUGAAGUCAACACUAAGGAAUGUCAAGUAAACGGCAAACGAGUCCGCACAACAAAGUCGUUCCGAAUUACCCAGUCUGAGGAGGAGCACACUCCGUCCGAAGACGACGCCGACCACGAAGCAGAGCAUACAUCGAAGAGCCGUGCGGCCAAAGAUGGGUCACGGAAAGACCGUCGACCAUCGACGAAAGAGCGCACACAGAAAGACCGUGCACCAAAGGACCAUCCACCGAAGGAACGCACGUCGAAAGAUCACAAAGAAAAGGAUCGCAAACCAAAAGACCGCCAAAGCAAACGGAAAUCCCGUUCCGCGGCCAAGCGAAAGAGCAGUUCAAAGCGCGGGACUUCCGAGGGAGCGUAUCCUCGCAGCCUGACCAUUUCUAUCGGACGUUCCAGUUCCACCAACGCGCGGGGCGCUUCACAGACACCGUCCAGAGUUCAAUCCCGCAGCCAGUCUCACAGUCCUAAUCACGGCCUAAUACAUGCCCAAUCACGUACGUCCCGCACCCAGUCUCGCAGUCCAACAGUGGUGCAACGACGGUACGCCCAAGUGGAUGUCUCCUCAAGCCUCUCGCCAGCCAGUAGCCAGACAAACGUAUCGAUUAUCGGUGGCGUAUCUUCCAAUGCGGACACCGCCAGUACAGAACAAAAACACUACUACGAUUCCAUGUCCCAGCAACCAUAUCAAGACCGCUCCAUGACAUGCAUAGCGUCUUCGUCCCCUUACAGGAGAUCUUACUCUCCCACGACCACAUCGAAAGCAGCCAGUUUGCAUCGAGUGUACACCAGCGGUGCGCGCGAGCAACAUGAUUUUGGCUACCACGAUGAUCGUCCUCCUGCAGCCCCAGUAUCGCGCAAGAAGUACAUGGAGCGAAUCUAUCCGUCCAUGCCACAAGAUCACCAUCCGCCCGUGGCGGAUCGACCGCGAUCUGUUUCUUGCGGGAGGAGAAGUUACCCAGCUCGCAGCUACUGCGCACUUGAGAUGUCGGAUUCUCGCUACGACAGGACGGAUCGUCCUUCAAGUCCAAUGACACAGGAAUCCCGCAGGUACAGAGGGAACGAUGACAUAGCGACCCAAAUUGCUAUGCAAAUAGCCCCUCAACUGGCCAGGCAACUAUCUCCCGAAGUGACUGCACGUUACGCUGCCCAAAUGCAGUGUCCAGUGUCCAUGCCCAGUGAGGUAUGCCGUCCGCCGCCUCAAUACGCGUAUCACGUCGCACUCCCUGCACCGCAGCCCAUUCCGAGUACCGUGCAACGCCAAGUCUCCCUCCAGGUGGUAACCGAAAUGCACGGCGGAUAUCCGUCCCCUGCUGGCAGUCGCGUACCGUCGCGAUCGCCUUCCCCAGAGGUGGCCCCUGCAGUGGAAAAUAGCAGAAAAGUUCUUCCGGAACCCCCCGACAUUAAUGACCUUAGGAAUGUUGUGAUGGGCCAUAUGAGGGAAGGAGGUUCCCGACGCUCAGGAGCGGCCAUGCCUGCAGACUCGUAUAGUCCGUCUCAGCCAAGACCGAUGCUGCUACCUAGCGGAACCGAGCGGUUUUACCAGAGGACGAUGACCUUGCAAGAACAGGAACAGCAGCAGCAACAGCUGGAACGACAGGCUGACGCGCACAUAGACAGGACACCCGACCGAAUACAUGAUCGACUGCAACAACGAUCGAGGUUACCCGAAGACACGCGCAACACACAGUCCCAGAAGGCAGAAGCAGUCAGUCAAGAGCAGCAAGACGGGACGCAGCUGCAGAUGGUUGUGCAGAAAGUACUCCAGGACCCGCAUGUAAGAUCAACAAUUUAUCAAGCGGUUGCUGAGCAACGGGCUCCAACAAGGACCUAUCAGGAAGCUGCUGAAAGGGUCCCAAAAAGUACCCACCAAGAGGCUGACCGGACAGAGGCUCAUCAGGGAGAUACCGACAGACAAGCAGCCUCAUCUCAGCAGUCUCCUGGCGAUCGUUCACCAUCAAGGCCUAGUGACCAGUUGCCGCCAAAAAAUUAUCAGGAAGCUGGCGACCGAACAACAAAGGUUUACCGAGAAAUUGAUGUGCGAACUCCAACGAUGUCAACAGUAAUGCAAACCACGCAGAAUAUUCAAGAAGGGUCAACACCUGUGUAUCCUCAAGAGACUCAGGAAUCACGUCCAGGGAGGGAAGAUAGCAAUUACUAUGCGAGGUAUCGGAAUCACAAAUCAACCGAAAGGCUCAUGGCUCAAGACGCAAAUUACAGAGUUCAAGAGACUAAGAUGGUUCAGCACAACCGCAGCGUAACCCCCACACCGAGUCAGGCGCAGUACGCACAAAGAUAUCAAACGGUACACGGUUCAGUUAUACAAGCACAGCCCUCCCAGAAUUAUCAAGUAGUUGCAUCAGUGAGUCAGGCGUUGCCCACCGACAGAUACCCGGCAGCAACCAUGUCAUUGAGCCAGCCUUUGCAUCCCCAGAGAUUCCAAGCACCGGUUCAGUCGGUGAGCCAAGCUCUUUCCAGUCAGCGAUACGAAGCGCAUGCUGAACAACCUAGCCAGUACUACAACCAAGCUAUGGUCAGCGCUUCCGUCAGUCGGACCGCCAUUCCGCCUGCCUACCAACGUCAAGUCGCACUCACAAAUUACCCGAGUUACAUGAAUCCACCCGGGCCACCUGACAUCCAACCAAUCCCUCGGUUCAUUCUACCCAUUCGACUUCAGGUAGCAGGCAAGCACAGUACGUCUAAGCCGAACAUCUCUGCGUCGUACGGUCCGCAGGGAGGAAGUAACAUGAUGGGCAUGCCGCCGCCUAGUGCAUCCCCCAUUGGCAAAAGCAUGAUGGAGGCAGGGGAAACGAAUCUGCAACGUGAAUACGUCAUGCGUGCCAUGACUUCGACAGAAAUGCCUUCUCCGACGCCACAAACUCCCUGCCGCGGUGACACAAAGAGAGCUGCCCAUAAUAGGGCGUACCGCCUCCGCAUUCCGGCACAAGAAAAGCAGGUGCUGACGUACGCCCUUGUGGCCCUUGUAGCACUCAUCAGCAUCGUACUCGUCAUCAAUACCAUCACCAAGAAGCGGCACGCCAAUGAAUAACGCGGGAGCACAAAAGCCAACCUGGUCCUUGGAAGAUCUCGAUCACCGUGAAGCAGUCGGUUCUGAGUGUAAAUAGCUGUGCUGAUGGUCGUGGUGGUCGAUCUAGAAAUUCUACUGCUGCUGCAGUCGUACUAUAGUUCAAAUGCAGCCUCUAUUGAAAUAAUAAAAAAGGCGGAACCUCUG